AUGCUUGUACUUAAUUUAAAUAUUACAAUGGAAGCACUUGACCUUGCCGUUGAUGAUGAUCUUCUUGAAGUUCGAACAUCACGCACAGUUACAUUUACAUUAAGUUCAUCGAACUCUUCAUUAUCAUUAUGUUCGCAACACGAUCAUCAAGCUCAUGAACGAACAGUAAAAAUGUCAUGCGCAUCGCAAAUAUCAGAACAUCGGCAUCUAGCACAUUCCCAGUCAUUGACACUUGAAUGUCAACGGCAUCGGCCAAUUAUACAAGAUCCCUAUCAAUUAGCACCAGACCUUCAAGUUCUGGAUGAUUGGAUGAUUACAACAACAGGCAAAACUCGACGACAACUUAGUGAAGUACAUGGAGUUUCUGAAGAACAAAUUGUUGUAUAUGAGGAAUCAUUUUCUUUGCUCGACAAAGAUGGAGAUGGAAACAUAUCUAAUUAUGAAAUUCGUUCAUUAAUGAGCUCACUUGGCUAUUCAACAAGCCUUGAAGAUAUUUCAUCUGUGAUAUCAAAAAUAGAUGUUGAUGGUGAUGGAACUGUUGAUUUUAAUGAAUUUCUCACAAUAAUGCGCCAAGGUGGAUCAAAAGGAGAAAGCGAUAUCGAAUUACGGCAAAUUUUCGAUAUUUUUGAUAAAAAAACGGAUGGUUUUAUUGACAAAGAUGAACUAUAUGAUUUGCUUGUAAAGCUCGGAGAACAUAUAACAGACGAAGAUGUGAUAGAAAUGAUUGAAGAAGCCGAUUGUUUUGACAACGAUGGGAAAGUAUCGUAUGAAGAAUUCAAAGCUAUAUUGCACUCAAAAUAA